UUAUGCGACGUUUAUAUCCUCAGAACGUAAACUGAUAGUGAAUGUUUAAGAAAAAUGUCUUUGAAGAUCAUCAAAUGAUGUGCGAAGUGUUACGAGUUAAAUUAUGAAUUCCUCCACUUUGUCAUCUGGAACUUUGGGCCAUUCGCCAGGACAACGAGCUUCAGAACCUGAAGAUUCAGAAUUAACCUCUAGCGGGAAUCAAACUUCAAAAAUCUUGAAUCAAAUGAAAUCCGAAUUACAAGAACAAAAGCAACAAAAACGUUUACUCCGGGAAUUACAUUUAAAACGUGUGCAAUCGUUGAGAAAAGAAUUGGAUUAUAUUAAGGCAACAGAGUGGAGAUAUCAAUCAAUCGACCGGUAUAUGGAUAGAAAUAACAGAAAUUAAAUAUGUUGUCAUUUAUAUAUAGUGUUAUUAAAUAUACUAUGGGGUAUGAAUCACCUAUAGCAAAUGACACAGAUGAAAUAAAUAAUGUUAUAGCUCGUAUUGAGAGUGCUCAUGAAGAAGAAGCGCAAAAAGAUGAAUACCAUGACAAGCAAGAUUGUUACUACAAAACAGGAAAUAUUACUUUUGUUUCCACAGAUUAUGUGGUAGUUGAUCAUUCUUAUACAUGUGAUAUUAUAAAUGUCUCAGUAAAUAAUCUAAAAGUAGGUGAUACAGUUGACUAUUUGGCUUCUGAAAAUAACAAUGAGAAUGGAUACAAAAUAAAAAGAAUUAUUUCUGUGACAGAUAAUUCUUGGGAUAAGGUAGUCACAGAUUCCCAAGCAAAUGUUAUUGAACCAGAAGCAUUAAUAAAAUGUAUUGUUGGAAAAGUAAUUGAACGUAAGAAUCGUUUGGUAAUUGUAGAACCUAAUAAUAUUUCUGUUGAUUUGAAUGAAGUAAAAUCUGAAUUUAUCCCUGUGAUUGGGGACUGGUUAAAACUAGAGUCCGAAGUAAAGUUUGAUGAAAAUUCUUAUGAUUUAAAUGGAACAAUAUUAAAGGUGCAGAAAAUACAACCUUUACGAUCUAAGUUAGAUGUUGGAACUGUAUCUACCUAUGAUCCUGUUAAAGGAAUUGGUACUAUCGGUAAAGAUAUUGUAUUUAAUAAAAGGAUAUGUGGUUCUGGUUACAUUCCUUGUGUUGGUGAUAAAGUAAUUAGUGACAGUAUUGAAAGCGAUCAAGGAAUUUAUACAUGGAGAUCAUUAACCGUAGUUCCACUAGUUCAAACCUCAGAGAAAGAAAAUAAAUUACCAACAUUGUGCAAUAGUCUCAGAAUAAACAAAAAUUUAGAUGAACUUGUGAAAAACAAAUGUGGUAUAGUUAUUAAUGAUAAUUUAAGAAUUGAAUUAGAUGUGUUGGAGAAACAAAAUUUAACAGUUACAGUACAAAAUGUAGGUAAUACUUCACAUGUAUUACAGAAGGGUCGAUUCAUGACAAAUAAAAAUCAGUCUCAGCUGGCUUUAGUGCAGCCAACUACACUUAAUACAGUUUCAGUAUUAAACCCUUCUGAUAAACUAACAUACAUAUUUAAAUGUACAGCAAAAUUUAUUGGUACAAGCGAAGAAUUAUUUAUUUUUAAUUUUAAAGAUUUUGAAAUUGGAAGAGUUUUUCAUAUAACUGUUAGACCUAAGAAUGUACAAAAUAGAAUGUGCGUGAAAAGCGAUAAUAUAAAACCUAAUAAAUCUGGUCAUGUAUUAGAUGUAGAUGAAUGGAGUCAAACCACGUACAUUCCAGGUAUUCGUCCAUUUAAACCACCAGCAUUUAUUAAAGUGCGAAAUGUGAUAUUCAAAGUUCCUCGACAUUACUGGAAUAUAAUAUCAAAAUGUAUAGAUGAAGGGAAAUCACAAACUGAAUGUGAAUAUGAAGUAGGCAAUGCUAUACCUUGUUUACUGAAUAGGCUUUGUUUUGAAUUAUACAAAGACCGUUUUCAUUCUUUACUAUAUUUAGAAGAAAUUGCUCAAGCAAUAAAUAUGCAGCAAUAUAGUAUAGAAAGUACAGUAAUGAGACGUAGUGGGGAAUAUUUAGUUAUGCAAGUGCCAGGACUUGCAGAAAAACGUCCAUCCCUACUUGUUGGUGAUAGAGCUAUAGUGUCCUUUAGAUGGGAUAAUUCUGAAGGACAAUUGAAGUAUGAAGGAUUCAUCCAUAAAAUAACGAACUUGGACAUUUUUUUGAAAUUCAAUUACAAAUUUCAUCAAGAAUAUAAUUACGAAGAUUGUCAAGUCACAUUUAAAUGUUCGAACUCUGCCAUACAGCGUUGUCAUAAUGCAAUUAAUAUGGCAAUACAUCGUCUUGGUUCCAAUUUCUUGUUUCCUUCGCAUGUAGUUCAAAAAGAAUCUCAGGUAGAUCUUGAAGAACUCGAACCAAUCGAUAAGCCAGAGUUUAAGCAACUGUCUCAUCAGCGAAAUGAUUCCAUCUCAUCAGGAUCUUCUACCAGCAGUACACCUACAAGUAAUAAAUCUAAUAGUACAACAAAAUCGUCUACAAAAAUGUCAGUAGUACAGAGAUUAUUUAAUGUUCAACCAAUAGCAGAAAGUAAGCAAUGUGUAACGAGUCCUAUUGCACAGACAAGAGAUACUCAAGAUGUUGAAGUAAAGAAGAAAAUAGUUAAUGAUAAAAAUUUAGCGGAGAAAACGUCAAAACAUUUAAACGAAACAUCAGUUUCUUCUUAUGGCACUGAAUUACAGCCAUAUAUUUCACAAAUAAAAAAACGAAAGUUAAUUUGGUUUAAUAAAAAUUUGAAUUAUUAUCAGAAGGAAGCAGUAAGAAACAUAUUAAAAGGACAUGCGCGGCCAUUACCUUAUGUAAUAUUCGGACCUCCAGGUACAGGAAAAACUAUUACUUUAUGUGAAACAAUUCUGCAAAUUUUAUCGACUAUACCUGAAAGUCGAUUAUUAAUUGCAACACCAUCUAAUAGUUCAGCAAACCUUAUAUCAGAACGACUUCUAGACAGUGGUGUUCUCAAACCUGGUGACAUGGUACGACUUGUAGCACAUCAUUACUUAGGUAGUGAUUCUAUAUCUGGUAAAUUGUUACCAUAUUGUGCUACUGCAGAGUUGGCAGAAGAGAAAACAGUCGAGAAAAUGAAAUACAGUGGAACAGGUCCAAGAUUAAACUGUCCUAUGAGUGUAAUUGGUCGUCAUAGAAUUACUGUUGGUACCUGUAUUGCAUUAGGAAUAUUGAACAACAUGGGUUUCCCGCGUGGACACUUUUCACAUGUACUGGUCGAUGAAGCUGGACAAGCAACGGAACCAGAAAUUAUGAUUCCAUUAAACUUUGUUCAUUCUGAUUAUGGACAAGUAAUUCUUGCGGGUGAUCCAUUGCAACUCGGGCCCGUUGUACAAAGUAGAUUAGCAAAGAACUUUGGUUUAGACGAAUCGUUUCUGACGAGGUUAUUACGUCAUUUCCCUUAUCAAAGAGAUCCUAAUGGUUUUGAAUCACAAUAUGAUCCUAGGCUAGUUACAAAACUAGUUAUAAAUUAUCGAAGUUUACCGGAAAUACUUGAAUUAUCAAGUUCAUUAUUUUAUGACUCUGAAUUAAUUGCACAGGUAUCAACUAAAACAAGCAAGGAAGCAAAACUUUUACAGACAUUAGCUUCUGAAUUACCAGAAAGGAAAGGUGCUCCGCCGCCCAUUGUUUUCCACGGUGUAAAUGGAGAGAAUUGUAAAGACAAUGAUAGUCCGAGUUGGUAUAAUCCGGAAGAAGCAACACAGGCAUAUCUUUACUUACUAAAACUAUAUAGAUGUGGUCUUUCACCAGAUGAUGUAGGAAUUAUAACCCCUUAUCAAAAACAGGUUCUUCAAAUUCGUGAAUUACUUAUGGAGUUAAACGUGGAUUUACCAAAAAUUAGCAGUGUUGAAGGAUUUCAGGGCCAAGAACGUAAUGUCAUCAUUAUUUCAGCUGUACGGUCUUCAAGCAAUUUUAUAACCGAUGAUAUUAAACACUCCCUUGGAUUUGUUGCUUGUCCUCGAAGACUCAAUGUUGCGAUUACUCGUGCUCGUGCUUUAGUAAUAAUUUUAGGAAAUCCCAGUCUUUUAGCCCAAGAUCCGUACUGGAGGAGCGUCCUAAUAUAUUGCAUCAAUCGAAAUUCUUAUACCGGAUGUAACUUUACCUUUUCUGAUAUGGAUGAUUCGCAAACAGAAACAAGUAAUUCUUUUAUUACGAAUAAUUAUAAUGAUUCGUGACAAUAGUACACAAUUUUAUAUUUAUCAAGAUAUCUGUUAUUAAAUUAUAAAAUUACAUUUUUCUGGUAUACAGUACUUGAUAUCCAUACAUAUAUUACAGACAAAUAAAUGAUGUUAUUAAUAUUAUUUAAAAAUACGGCGCGAAAAUUAUAUUGACUUCACAUAAAUCAAGGUAGAUUUUUAACGUAAAAAUCUAAUGAUGAUAUAUUCUGUUCUGUAAACUUAAUACUUUUUUUAACAGAAUAUUAUUUAAAAUAUUCCAAAUUAGAAAUGCUGCAGAAUUAUAAACUUUAAACAAAUGUACUCUGAAUUAUAUUUCUUUUCCUGCACAUUUUCAGAAACGAAACGUGUAGAUAUAUAUUACGAAAAAGUACAUUUUGUAUGUUUAACAUAGGCAUGUACAUAAUAUAUGUGUGUGUAGUGUUUGUAAUAAUGUA